AUGGUGGGUACCCUGGCUCAGACAGAUCUCCUAUGGAGGAUACCGCCAUGCGACGAAUACGAUACCAAGGCACAUAAUAUUCUGUGCAAUACCACGGCUUUGUAUUACUUCCGUGUUUUGCGGUGGUGUGACCGCAUUCGAAGGCACCGAGAAGCCUGUAGAACACGGGGUUUGAAGGAAGUUCGUCGCCUUCCGAUAUAUGGGCUCCCCGUUACGAAUUUUAGCAUCGAAGAGGAUGACAGUAAUGUCACAAUUGAAUGGUCCCAUUUCAACAAUGUGCGGUCUGUUGACACUGGAAAUUACCAUAGAUACUAUUGGCUUGGGCCAGAUCCAACUUGGCCAAAUCGAAGACUUGGUAUCCGCUUCAGCUCUCGUGCCGACGCUGAAGAUUUCAGGACUAGUCUAAGUUCAAACAGCUACCCACCCCCAGAUUGCAUCCACUUGUCAGAUGCACAUUAUCUCGUCCCAACUCGGAUUGGGAAUCAGGUUCUUCGCAAUCUUUCUCGACUCCCAGAUAUACGCAUGAUAGAUCGGGAGGAGUUAGAUGAAUACGAGGCAAAUCCAGAUGAGGAGCCUGAGUUUGUGUCUUGCUUUACCAGCGUCCGGGAUCAACAGGAACUUAACGUCGGCGCGCAAGCAAGGGGCAUCCCCAUGCCUGAAAUGCACACCCUCUAUCUAGUGCGCAAGUCACUAACGAGGAAAAUUCCGAAGCUCAUUAGUAAGCCUCUUGGUCUGGUUUUUGAAAAAGAUCUGAAAGUACGCAUUAGCGGAUUGGAGUCAGUGGCCUAUGAGGCCACGGAGCGACUGAAUGGGCCACCCGAGGAGAAAACCGCUCGUAAAAUUCGAAAAAGGCGCUGCUUUGACCAUGACCUCGACAUGAGCAUCCCCCCCGGAGCUUUGACCUCGGUGGAUGAUGGUUCCAGAUUGUUGAUCAUCGACGACGGCGAUCGCGCGAAAGCUGACGGGGCUGCUGGCAUCUUGAAUUUCCUGAAAUGGUUGACAGGCUGGCAAGUGCGUCUGUUAUGUCACGUGUCGGGCAUACAGUGCUUUAUGAAACGCCUACUGUUAAUCUGGGAGGACUCUGAAAGAGGCGAGCGGUGGGUCACAAUGCAUCCCGACAAGGCCAAUUCCGGAUCAAAACGUUGGAUGCAUGGCAAAUUAUGGCCGGUCCCUGUGCGAAGCAGCGACAGCCACGAAUUGACUUGCGACUUCACUGUCUCACACUUUUGGAAGUGCGAAGGACUUGACAUAGCUCACUUUGCGGAUGAGAGACAUUCGAGCUCUAGUAGGGCCAGCUCACGAGAAACAAGUUCAUCGACUCAAGAAGAAGACAAUUCGGAAUACAUGAAAUUCCGCAUCAAAUUUUGUGGUGUUGAUGAUAUCUACCAGUGCCUUGCAUAUGCGGGAUUCAUCGCCGCCUUGCUUUGGCUCCAGGCAUUUAGAAACCAACGAAGAGAUCGCGCUCGAGCACAGUACCGCGAGCCUGAGAAGGCAAUCCCACGACGCAACGAUCCGCAAGCGUUUCAAGACAAAAGCGAUACGCCUGUAACAGGCGAAAUACUUCAUAAGACAUGGCCACUUAAACAACAGAGUACACUGGAGCUUGAAAAGGGCCUGCUGAUUCAUGGCGAGAAGGAAGAGCCGCAAAAUCCAGCGUCCGAGGCCAAAGGUGGGAGACUACCUCACGACAUAGAAAAUGAUCCUCCAACUUCGGGGAUUGAGCCUCAGAAUACAGAACAACGGUGUGCAGUAGACCCAAAUUCUGCCGCCGCUGAAAAGUUGCCGCCUGUCUCUGUGACAUUGCGUCUGCGUAACCUACCAGCGUCCAUGACGAAGCUGGAGCUUGGUAAGGUUCUUGCACAACUGUGGCCAGUAGAAGAUCACGGCAACACAGCCGAAGCAAGUAGCCGUCUUCUCAGAGUGUCAUUGAUCCCGUCAGUCGAAGCCAAGGGUUUGGCUCACAGGCAAACUGCUACCGUCUGCCUUGCUCAGCCUCGCCCGCGGCUGGAAGCACACCUGAAGAAAGUAGUAGGUUUCCUUGAAGGCGAGGUUCAGAUACGACAUGCAGGACACAAUCAUGAAAUCUUCGUUGACGACCAUUUUCACGGCUUGACGCCGCUCUACUCGCGUGGAAAUCGACAUAUUGACAUUGUAGCUGUUACAGGAUGGCAUGGCAGAGCCUUCUGGUCUUGGAAACCUGCCGAUGCUGGACACAUGUGGCUCCGCGACUGGUUGGGGCCGGACCUAAGCAACCAGAAUUGUCUAGCUCGGGUAUACACUUACGGCUAUCCAUCGCAGGUUGCUGCAAGCGACAGUGACGCGAGCGUCCGAGACUAUGGCCAGACCUUGCUGCAUCAUCUUGUGGCUGCACGAUCAGGCGAUAUCAAAGCUGGACAUAGUACACCUUUGGUAUUCAUUGGCCAUAGCCUGGGAGGCCUAGUUAUCAAACAGGCCUUGAAAGACGCAGCGCAGAGUGUUAAACCAGCUGAAAAGGAUGUUGCACAAUCUUUGCUUGGGUGUAUCAUGUUCGGUGUACCAAACUUGGGAAUGCACAACGGGUCACUGCUUCCGAUGACUGAGGGUCGCCCAAACGAGACUUUCGCGCGGACUCUUGGUGUUGAAUCCCACUAUCUCCCGGUACUGGACGAAGACUUCUCCAUCCAGUUCACUCAGCAAAAAGUACCGAUGAUCGCGAUCUAUGAGACUUUGGAUAGCCCAUCUGUCAUAAAGAAGGGUCUUAAAUGGUCGCGCACUGGGCCCAAAGUCCGCAGUGUCUCCCGAACGUCUGCUUGCAGCCGAAGCACUGAACAGGUCCCGUCACACACUGACCAUUCCGACUUGGCGAAAUUCAAGAAUCCGUAUAGUGAAGUCUAUCAGACUGUUGUAGCGAGAAUAAUUGAAUUCUCACAGCGUCGCGUGCGCAAUUCCAUAUCGCACAUUGGGGUGCCGUCUUCCCUAGACAGACAUUUCCUGGGGAGAGAUUCGGUACUCGCAGAGAUAGAAGAUUGUCUCGUGUCAGCCGAGGGCCCCCAGGUUUUUGUUCUUGUCGGCACUGGCGGAAUGGGUAAAACCCAGAUUGCCCUUAAGCACAUCUCGAUGCGGUCAGAUAUGUAUAGUCGAGUGCUCUGGAUUCGAUCUGACACAGAACAAAACUUGAAGGAAAGCUUUGAAGGUUUCGCGGUAGCUCUGGGCUUGUCUCACGAUAAUGAUUGUACGCAAGCUGUAUUGCGGCACCUUGCGAGUACUGGACAAAAGUUCUUGUUGGUAUAUGACAACCUCGAUGAUGCGGCACUUGUACGAACAAUUGGAGACAGUCACCGCAAUCUUUGGUUGGCAGAUUGCAGAGUUAUGAUCACCACCAGAAACAGGGAGUACCUUACUUUUCAAACAGAGCAUUGCAAUUUGGAGCCGCUUCAACGCUCCGAUGCCUACACUCUACUUGGUAGGCUCCUUGCUGGUGGGAGGACCAAUCCAUAUGGGAAAUCGUCAGCACUGGAGGAUAUCUGCACUGCUUUGGGUAAUCUGCCGCUGGGAAUCCAGCAAGCAGCAGCAUACUUAAAUUACAGCGAAAUGGACCCUAGCACUUAUCUCAAUCAGCUGAGAAGAGACCCAGGCCUCACACUAAAAUAUGUCGGUAGAUGGUGGCCUUACAAGUUGACUCUGUUGGAAGCCUGGGAGACAAGUCUAGCACAGGUUUGUCAGCAAACAUAUGCAAGCAAAUGGUUCUCACUGUGCUCUCUACUCGACAAGCAAAUACCCACCCGCAUCUUCGAUUUAUCACGCCGGCGCUUGUCCAGGGACCCGGGCGCACUCGACGAUGAUCUUCGUCAGCAGAUCGAUUGGCUGUAUUCUGUGCCAGAGUUUAAGUCAUGGUCGGCUGACUGCUUACGGAACCACUUACUGCCACUCACUGGUCUUUCGUUAGUGAAGGCCCGCGAACAGGACGGGGGCACGUUGUUUGACUUAUAUCCACUUAUACGGGAAUGGGCGAGGCUUCGAUUAGCGCCGGCAGAGAAGCGCCAUUAUCUCAUUCAAGCAGCGGUCCUAUUGCAGUAUUGUCUCGAGGAGCUCGCCUACGAUGUGCAGUCCGAACAAGACCAGAGUACGGCAUUUCUGAACCAACGGUGGUUACUGCCGCAUGUUCAUUCCUGCAUUGAGUUCUCAACCCGUUAUCUCGGAAUUGACAUCGCUAAAGUGAUUCCACUGCAGUCCUCUGCUGCUUUUGCAAUGCUGUUGAUACACGAGAGCAAGUAUGCUUUGGCACAAUCUAUGCUGGAGAAAGCUCUUCCCAGUGUGCCACUCUAUCAACCACGAGAGCUCGUAGCUCGCCGGGUGCUGGCAUUAGCACUUCGGAGACAGGACAAGUUGGAAGACGCCUUGAAAAUUCAGCAAGUGGUUGUGCAGGAAAUGACGUCAAAUUCGACCUUGCCCCAGUCUCAGCUUGAGGACGUGCUGCUUGCGGAAGAAGAACUUGCAACUAUCUACCGCGACCUGAAAAGGUAUGAUAUUGCAUGUGCUAUUCAGAUAGGAGUUGUCCAGAGGUCUGACAGCCAUUUUGGGGCCAACCACCUGCGAAGCCUCCACGGACAGGCUUGCCUGGCCACGAUUCUUUCAAGAACCCGACGGUACGUUGAGGCCGCCGACAUUGAAAGCCGAAUCUUGGAAGUCUAUGAAACCAUGUAUCCCGACAGACCAGAGAUAUUUACGAAGAAAAGAAAUCUUGCCGUGUCUUACUACAACCUCGACAGAUUUGAUGAUGCUGUCGAAUUGGAGUGCGACGUUCUUAAUGGCAUACGAGAUCUGUACGGGGACGAUCAUUUGGAGACGGCCGCUGCAAUGCAUAACCUGGGCGCAACGUAUUUUGAGCUUGGGCAUAUGCGGGAAGCCAAAUCGCAUUUGUCGAACGCCCUCUCCAUCAGGCGCAUAACCUUGGGCGAGUCUCAUAGGCGUACUCUCAAAACAGCGGAACUUCUCAAGAGGGCAGAAACGCAUGAUGUGGCGCAUCACCUACCGAAAGAGUUAAGGUCUCUGCAACGAGACUCAGGCAUUGGAUAA